AUGCCCUCGCUCUUCAAAUCCAAGGCCAAGUCCAACGGCGAGUCCAAGGACGACACCCCUUCCCAGCCAACCCAUCGGCCCAAUGGCAGUCUCCACGAGGCCCCUCCAGCCUACGCUGCUGCCCAGCCUGUACAGAAUCCUCCCGAUGUCGUCGACAUAACCGCCGCUUUCUCGAGCCUGAACAUCUCGCCCACGCCCCAAGACCCCACCGUCGACACCUGCCUCGCCCACCUGAAGCUCCUCUACGCCUUGCAGUCCCUCAAGGAAGAUGUCGGCUACACGGACGGGCUGUGGGAUAUCUGGGACAGCCGUGCUGACGGCCAGGAUUCCGAUAUCGACACAGAGCUCCCCGACGACCUCCUCCCGCCAUCUGCUGCUGAGGCCGUAGAUCUGCGCGGCUCGCAAGGAGAGAAGGGCAGGUUAGCACCGUCCGAUAUACAAAAGAUCCGUCUGAGCAAGAUCCGCGAGAAGAGAUGGGCCCUGUUUGUCGCUCGCGCCGUCGACCGCUACGAGGCCUGGUGGAACGUGUUCCCCAAGACAAUGCUAAGGGAGGCCGACAUGAACGACCAGUCGGGGGCAAAGUACCACCACUUUGUCGACGAGACCGCAUACCUGCGGUGGACACAGGACAUGCUGCCCCCGCUUGAUGUGCUGAUGGUGUGGCACGCACACAUGCUCAAUCCCCGCGCCUACCUCGAAGAUACCCUCCGCUGCGGCCUUUCCUCUCUAUGGGCCACCGGAAUGCCCUGGGGCGUCAUCUCGUCCGCCAUCGACACCGACUUCAACUACGAUGUAUCGGCCGAGACAAAGGCGGCGUGGGUGGCCAGCACGGGUCGCAACUGGGAGAAUGCAGACGACGCCACCACCAAACACAUCAAGUGCCCCGCCUGCCAGAUAACCAUAGAGCAUCCAUGGACAAACUGCGGGGCAGGUGAGGCAUCCAAGACUCCCGCUUUCGGUGGCUUGGUGGGGUCCGGAUAUGGUGACGGCCAGUUCAAGCGUCCGUGUCCGUCGUGUGGGAUACAGAUCGACAAGGAGCUGCUGUCUGUUGCCAAAUUCACGAAAGACGCCCAGUCUCUAGUCGUCAACUCCGUUCCGAUGCCCGGGACGAUCCUCGAUCCUAUCAAAGGGAGUCCGGAGCCGGUCCCCAUAGAUAUGCGCGGCCCAACCUUCCCUCGAACGUUUCCAAACCGGAUGAUCGCCAGCAAGCUCAUUUCUCAGAUUGCCGGCCUUGUCCAACCUGGCUCAACACCACGUCCCACUAUGGAAAAUGUACGCGACAAGAUCGAGGAAGUCCUGCGCGACGGUGUGGCCCUGCGAGAGAUCGAGGGUCGGCCCGCCUAUGGUCGCGGGAGGAUCUUCACGGCAGCCAAGAUCUGCGUCCGCAAAAUGAUGUCCCGCUACUGGGAGAACUUCAGUCCCUUCGCCUUGGACCUCAGCGGUGCUGUCAUGAGGCAAGGCGUCUUCACUGGCAAGAUGUACCAGAUCGACUGGCUACAUAGCCCAGCGUGCCGCGAGACCAUGACCCGCCUGGUCAAAAAGUACGAGAGGUUCAUCUCCCUCAUGGCGGAUAACCCUACCAAGACAUGCGUGCCGACCUUGGACGUGGACCUCGCAUGGCACACCCACCAGCUCUCCCCUAGCGCCUAUUACGCCUACACCACGGCCCGGACGACCAAGUUCAUCGACCACGACGACAAGAUCGACGAAGACAAGCUCUCCGAUUGCUUCGCGUGGACCGUCAAGGCCUACCAGGCCAAGUACUCGGUCGUCUACAGCGAGUGCACCUGCUGGUACUGCGAGACCAUCCGAUCGACCCACAUCAACACCGUGUCGCGUGUCCUCGGCGUGUCGGACCAGGACAAGGCCGCCGAGAACUUCCACGCGUCGGGCCAGGCCCAGUUCUGCCCACCCGACAAGAGCGCUCACAUAUCCUCCCACAAUGCCGUGCGCGCCGCGCCUGACGUCUCCUCCGCCAAGGAGAGACUCACGGCCUAUGCCCGGGACAGAAAGUACCGCCAGCUCGAGCUCAACUACGAAAAGGCCCGCCGGCGCGCCGAGAAGAAGGGCCGCAAGCUGCCGCCUCGUGACCAAUACUACGACCACUGGGGAUACUCGUACUUCAUGUACAGCCCCUUUAUUUACCCCAUGUAUUUCACGCCGGGCAUGUACUACGGUUGGGAUCCCGGGCUGGUGGUGCAUGUGGAGGAGGAGGCGGAGGCGGCUGUGGAGGCGGUGGAGGGGGAGGUGGUGGCUGUGGCGGCGGCGGAGGUGGUGGCGGCUGUGGUGGUGGGGGAGGAGGAGGAGGAUGUUGAAGGCCUGAUUGAGAUCUAA